GUAUUCUAAAAACCUUCUUGCAAAAGACAAGACUUCGCGAAAGAAGAGAAAACUCAAGGAAAAUGAGUGUUUUGCAAAUUUUUUCGUAUGUAUUGGUUACGUUAAUAACUAUCGCUUACUACUUUAUACGACGUCACCAGACGUAUUUCGCAGUGCAUAAUAUACCGCAUGAAAAACCCGUUCUAUUCUAUGGUAAUAUGAAAAAGGUGGGUAAUAGCCAGCACAUAAAGGAACCAUUUUUACAUUUGUAUAAAAAGUUCAAAGCUGAGGCGCCGUUUGCCGGUUUCUAUUUAUCAAUACGCAAAGCGGUAGUCUUAUUGGAUUUGGAUUUAAUUAAACGGAUCUUGAUAACCGAUUUUAAUGAGUUUUCACAUCGCGGUAACUACUACAAUGAAAAAGAUGAUCCUUUAUCAGGACAUUUAUUCAAUUUGGACGGUCCCAAAUGGAAACUAAUGCGUGCUAAGCUGACGCCUACGUUUACUUCGGGCAAAAUGAAAUUUAUGUUUAGCACGGUUGUGGAAGUAGGUCAGAGAUUUGUCGAAGUGCUAAAGGAAAUGUUGGAAAAGGAACCGCAUGAAAAUGGCGUCGAAAUACGAGAACUCUUAGCUCGGUUUACUAUAGAUGUCAUUGGAUCUUGCGCUUUCGGUCUCGAUUGCAACAGUCUUAAAGAUCCGGAUGCUAAAUUCCGUACGAUGGGAAGGAGAGCCUUGACGACGCAAAGACAUGGACGUUUCGUAAUGGCUUUCAUGCAAGCUUUUCCCAACAUUUCAAGACGAUUGGGCUUGUGCAUGGCGCUAGACGAUGUGUCAGAUUUUUUCAUGAAAGUCGUUAAAGAAACGGUGGAAUAUCGCGAAAAGGAGCAUGUGCAACGUAAUGACUUUAUGAAUAUCCUCCUAGAGUUAAAGAAAAGCAAUGGCAUGGAAGGCUUGUCAUUAGAAGAAAUAGCCGCUCAAUCAUUUGUUUUCUUUUUGGCCGGCUUCGAAACGAGCUCCAGUUCGAUGGCUUUCGCUUUAUAUGAAUUAGCAGUUAAUCAGCAAAUGCAAGAGCAAAGCAGACAAGAAGUCCGUAGUGUAUUAGAGAAAUACAAUAAUAUCUUAACUUAUGAGGGCUUAAAAGAGUUACACUAUCUGCAGAAAGUGUUAAAUGAAACCCUGCGAAAAUAUUCCAUUGCUACAAUUUUAAUUCGGAAAGCAUUAAAUAAUUAUCAAGUUCCUGGCAGUAAACUAAUUAUUGAAAAGGAUGUAAUUGUUAUUAUACCCGUGGAUGCUAUACAUCACGAUCCUGAUAUUUAUCCAAAUCCUGAAGAAUUUCAACCAGAACGUUUCAAUACGGAUCAAAUAAACCAACGUCAUGCGAUGUCUUGGUUACCAUUUGGCGAAGGUCCACGUAAUUGCAUAGGCCUGCGUUUUGCUAAACUUCAGGCGAUGAUAGGCCUGACUUUAUUAUUAAAUAAUUUUUACUUCACUCUAAGCCCACAAACGCCUGUGCCCAUGAUCUUUGAUCCCAAGUCAUUCGUACUGGCGCCUAAAGGCGGUAUUUUUUUAAAUGUUGAGCGAAUAUAAUAAAGAAAACAAUUUGAAAAAG